CUCUCUGAACAAACAGCAGCACAGAAACUGUAGCCUACUUCACAGUAUCCAUGUAGUACAUUCUGCCACUUCCUUAAAAGUAGGACGGCUGAGUUCAGGUGUGUCCUGGAUUACUACUGCACCAAAACUUCAUCUGGCGUUCAUCUGCUGACCUCCUAAAAACACAAAAAUCUGAGUUCUGUUUGACUUUUGGCAACUUUGGCCCAUUUUUCAUCCUUUUAUGAAGAUAAAAUGCUGAAAAGGAUUUUUCUAGUCAUCUGUUUUCUUGUCAUCUGUUUGCCAUCUGCUCUGGCAGCACAGCUCUGUAUACCAAAUGCUCCUGAAGCCUGCCAGGUUCGACUCAGCAUCAAAACUGCUCUGGGAGAAAAAGCUUAUGAGUGGAACGAACAUGAAAAGUUCCUGUUUCGAGCAGCUAUGGCUUUUGCCAUGAGAAAACACAAGGAGCAAGAGUUUAGCUUGUCAGACAUUAUUUUGUGUAACGAGACAGUCCGGGUGUCCUUUUGGUUUGUGGUGACGUCACCGCUCAACCCGUCGGUUCUUGUUGAGAGAAAAGACAUAGAGAAGGCUGUGAGUAAAUUCAGACAUCGUAUUAACGGAGCAUUCCUGCUAUCUGACACCACCCUGGAGUUUGUGAACAUCUAUCCCACCCUGGCAGCACCUGUGGUGCCCGACACCCCUCCGUGGCUCAUCGUGUUUGGGGUGGUAAUCGGUCUGAUUGGUGCUGGCAUCGUCUUCCUGCUCACGUCCACCAUUGUCCAGAAGAGACGGAAAAAACAACAGAAAGCAGAAGAAGGGGAUGAAGACAUUGAGGAACUGGAGGCGAAAACAGUCGAAAACGGCUCCACAAGUGAGGGUGUUUAUAACACAACAUUCUCAGAUGACGAUCGAUUCACACAAAUGUAAAAUAUCUGCCUAUAAAAAGUCUUCCAUGUAAAAAUUAAGAUGGUAAAUGUUUUUUAUUAACCGACUUUGUGUGGAAAUGAUUGCACAACGUUUAACGUCUAUUAAAAUGAUUGUAGUAUUGUGUUUGUAUGAUUAUCAUGAUUUUAUUUUUUUCUUAAUUGCAAAGUAAACACCUUCUUUACCUGACAGAUAAAUCAAGGUUUAUUGUUGUUUUAUACCAGUCCUUUUGUUUGUCAAAACAUGUCUGAUUUUCUGUGUUGACAUCUCAUGAAUUAAAGAUUUUUAUGACAGAA